AUGGCAUCCACCCAAUCCAAACCCCUCAACACCCACUCUUCCGCCGACCCCUUCGACAUGUCCUCUCUCCUCACCCUCGAAGACACCCUCUACACCACCGCCUACGCCCAAGGCGCCUCGGACGGCAGCCGUGCGGGCCGUAUCGAAGGGCGCAUCUUCGGCCUAGAAAAGGGUUUCGAAAAGUUUGCUGCUUUGGGCGAAUUACACGGCCGUAGUGUGGUAUGGGGUGCUCGUGCUUUGACCACAACCACCGCCGCCGCAGAGAAAGAACAGCAGGAAGGGAUGGAGAGGAUGCCAAACCUCUCACAAAACCAACGAUUAGUGAAUAACGUCACGUUACUUCACUCGCUCACAGAUCCGAUGACGUUCAGCACCGAAAAUACCGAAGAAGCUGUCGCUGACUUCGACGAUCGCGUCAAGCGUGCUGGGGCGAAGGCGAAAGUCAUUGAGCGCAUUGUGGGCGAGACGGGAAAGUCACCUGAUGGAUCGCCGGCGCGAGGGAAGGCGAGGAAUGUGAAGCUAAAUGAGGGGAAGAAGGGGGAUGAUAGUAUCGAGGACUUUGCUGGGUCGAGGCUGUUGCGCUGA